AAAGAAGAGCUUCCCGUGUCGUGUGUCCGCAUGCAGCCCGCUCACGCGGAUCUUUAUCCUCCGCAUCGACCACCAAAGCUCUCUCCGCCAACCAAAACAUGACGACGCUUCCCGCGACCACACUGCCACGCCCCUCCCUCCUCCUCCCAUCAGUCUCCUUCACCGCAGCUCCGGGCAACAGGACGAGUGGCGUGCGGCGGCGGUGGCCGGGGGCUGCUGCGAUCGGGAUCCGGCGGCAGGGGCUCGGGAGGUGCUGGGCGGCGGCGGCGGAGGCGGUGGAGGAGGAGGAGGCCCUGCUCCCGAAGGAGGAGGCAGGAGAGGGCGAUGAGGCCAAGGGGAGGUACUACGACUGGAAAGAGGAGUGGUACCCGCUGUACCUGUCCAAGGAGGUGCCCGACGACGCCGCGCUCCCGCUCACCGUCUUCGACCGCCAGCUCGUGCUCUACCGCGACGCCGACGGCGUGCUCCGAUGCCACGAGGACCGCUGCCCCCACAGGUUAGCCAAGCUAUCCGAAGGGCAGCUCGUUGACGGCAAGCUAGAGUGCCUCUACCAUGGCUGGCAGUUCGACGGGGAGGGCAAGUGCGUCAAGAUCCCACAGCUGCCUGAUGGCGCCAAGAUCCCGCGGAACGCGUGCGCGCGCAACUACGAGGUGCGGGACUCGCAAGGGGUGGUGUGGGUUUGGAUGUCGCCGUCUAACCCGCCGGACUCGUCCAAGCUGCCCUGGUUCGAGCCGUACGCGCGGGCCGGGUUCACGGACCUGUCCACGGUCCACGAGCUCCCCUACGACCACUCCAUCCUGCUGGAGAACCUCAUGGACCCGGCGCACGUGCCCAUCUCCCACGACCGCACCGACUGGACGGCAAAGCGGGAGGACGCGCAGCCGCUGGCCUUCGAGGUAACGGAGCGCACCCGCCGGGGCUUCGCGGGCUACUGGGCCCGCGAACGGGCCCCGCACCUCCGCAGCCUGCUCCGCUUCGAGGCCCCCUGCGUGCUCACCAACACGCUCGAGUUCGUGGAUAAGGACGGGAAAGAGCAGUGCUUCUCGGCCCAGUUCCUUUGCAGGCCUGCCGGGCAAGGGAAGGCGAUGCUGCUCGUCAGGUUCGGGUCCACGGCCAGCUCGCCGCUGAUGAAGGUGCUGCCGCAGUGGUACUUCCACCAGAACGCGUGCAAGGUGUUCGAGCAGGACAUGGGGUUCCUGUCGUCGCAGAACGAGGUGCUGCUCAGGGAGAAGGUGCCGACAAAGGAGCUGUAUCUCAACCUCCGGUCCUCGGACACGUGGGUGGCCGAGUACCGGAGGUGGAUGGACAAGGCAGGCCACGGCAUGCCGUAUUACUUUGGGCACAGCACGCUGUCGCCGCCGCCGGUGCCUGCGGUCGUGGAGCAGGCGCCCGCGGGGGCGGUCGCCGGGAUCUCGGCGUCGUUCCCGGCCAAGGGCGGCAUCGGCACGACGCACGCGCCGAACCCCACCAACAGGUACUUCCGGCACGUCGUGCACUGCAAGGGGUGCAGGGAGACGGUGAACAGGUACACCGCCUUGAAGAACGCCUUUGUUGUCCUAGCUGCGGUGGCGGCAGCGGCAGCCGUCCUGGCGGCGACGAGGCAAUGGAAGGCCGUCUGGCUGGCGUCCGCCGCGGUGCUCGCGGCGGCGUCAUAUGCUUGUGGCUCGGUGGUUUCUUUGGUUACAACAAACUUUAUUAGGACACACAGAAGACUCUAGUGAGAUUAGAAAGCUGUGAUGAGAUUCAACUGGCCGUCUAUAAUUUUCUAGUCAUCAGUAGAAGCAUUUCUUUAGUUUUGUCCUUGCAUAUUUGUACAUUCUGCAACCCAAAGUUGCGUAAUAGUAGCAUUUAAUAAGUUGGAAAGAA